AUACUCGCUCGCUGAGCUGAGCCUUCUCGGGCUGCGGGAACUGGACUGGCUCUCAGGAUUAGGCACUCCAGUGGGCCUACGCACACCUUGAAUGCAGCUCUAGCUUCUCGGGGCUGUGAGGGUCUUUAAACGAGCUCCCUCGUCAUAGGUCGCGGUGGCGGCUGGACAGUACUUGUUCGAUUGGCAGUUCGAUAAUUGGCAUUACGCUUGUGAGCCCGGGCCUCCUCGAGCUCGUAGAUGUGUGCUUAGGUAUUGACCGUCGCGGGUUGAACGCCUAGUUUUCGCUGGUUCUAUCGUUCCGGACGAUAGUGCUGGCUGCGUGAGUCUGAGCACGACGCACAGAGCGCUCUUCUUUGUGAGCCGCAAUUCGGUCACGCUUCCGCGAGCGCGCAUUCGCUCCGAGCAAUAGUAGCAUUCUUGGGUCGUUACGUCGCGGCGAGGAUCGCUUGGAUUUCAGCUCGUGUCUAGCGCUCGAAUGCGGAGUUUGAACAUCCGCUGUACCGACCAGAGCCGGUCCAUCUGCUGAAAGUUGGCCGGAUCAAGACUCGAGGCGGUCCGAGUUACAGCAGCGAGUCCCGUUGUUUGCGUGAUCCCAGCGCAGCCGCCAUAACAUCCCUUGACCAAAGCCGUGGAGUCUGACUCUCAUGGGCGGGCCAAGGCUAUAAAUUCAUUCGGCUCCUCUCCGAAGAACUCGUUCCCAUUUCCGAAGUCGAGAGCAUUGCAUUUUGUGUGCCUGUCUGAUCCGACAUUCUAUUUCCAAGUCGACACUGCUGUUUCACUGCUGCUGCUUCACUGCCUUACAUCUCCUGCUUCGUAUCUGAUCGUGUGCUGCGCCGUCGAGUCGUCGGGUCGAGUGGAGAUUGCGUCCCGGGAUGUCGCGUUGGAGGAAGAGCGCGUUGACCCAUCGUGACUCAUGCAGACGCCGCAUCCUGCCGAAUGUCGUGCUGAUUACAGCGAUUCUUUGCUGCUGCUGUCUUUUCGGAGUGGGAGCUCAGGAGUAUGGAAGCACGGAUGCAGGGGAGCUGGAGGCUUUGUUCGAUGUGUUGGGCGGAAUCAGCCCGGACACGAAUUGGAGGGACCAGCUCCCGGAUCCUUGUAAUAGUUGGCAGCAGGGCAUCUACUGCUUAGCCGACAAUGAUACCGGAGAGCUUCACGUGACGAACUUGGAGUUCGGGGUUUUGUCCGACUACAUCGACGUUAUUCCCUGCUCUGGGCACGCCAGCCUCCAUCCGUCUAUCGGCAAGUUGCCCUUCCUCCAAUCGCUCCAGAUCUUCAGCUGCUUCACCAGUCAGUCGGCCUCCAUUCCAGAAGAAAUUGGGAUGUUGCAGGACUUGCAAAUUCUCACAUUUCAGGAUAACCCGGAGCUUCGAGGCACUCUUCCACUGUCUUUGGGCAACUUGACGAACUUGCAAAGGUUGUCCGUAACCGAGACUGGUAUGGAAGGGACUAUACCCUCGGAGAUCGGGAGCCUCGUCAAUCUUCGACAGCUCGAUCUGAGCAGGAACCAGCUGCAGGGUUUCAUUCCCGAGUCAUUGAACUCUUUGGGGAGCUUACAGAUAAUGGAUUUCGGUGGCAAUUUUCUGUCUGGCGUGUUGCCUUUCCUGGGCGGACUGAGAAGCGUUGUGAAGAUGGUGCUCAGUAACAACCUUUUGAAUGGCAGCAUUCCCAGCGACAUGGGUCAGUUGACAACUCUGACCUACCUGGACUUGAGUUACAACAAUCUCACAGGAGGGAUACCGUCCUCCUUCGCUAAUCUGACGAACUUGGAGAAUCUCUUUCUGGAACACAACGAUAUGGGAACCUCGCUUCCCUCCUUCCUUGGCUCCAUGCCCGCCCUCUCCCGACUGACCCUCGCGCAGUCCAAUUACGUGGGAGAGAUUCCCCCAGCGUUCGGGAACCUGACUAAUCUUCGAGUUUUGGUGCUGAAGGAUAAUCUGCUCUCGGGGGUCAUCCCUGCAGCUCUCGGUGCCCUUCCGAACAUUUACCAUCUGGACCUGAGCAGGAACAAUCUCACCGGACCUGUUCCAUUUUCCCUCGGAUUUGUGGAGAAAAUGGGUAGCAACCUGAUCAUUCUGAACAACUCUGGUCUGUGCUUUCCGCACAGCUCAGCGCGGGUGGCAGUCUCUACAAUUGGAGUGAACAGUUGUAUACUGGAAGAGGCGGACUCUUCCAAUUUUGGUGGACAGGCGAAGUCGCCAUCAGAAUCAGCGCUACCGGGCGAAAGUCAUAGGAACGAUGCUUCUGGAGGCGGAACGAAUAGGUUUCUGCUCGUAUUGGCUGUCACUGUAAGUUGUGGAUUUCACGGCUUCCUGAGGUGGUGGCAAUUGUAGGUCAGACGAACCGGAUCGAGUAGACAUGUGGCCUAUAUGCCAAAUUAGGCAGUUUAGAUGAAAGCUUUAAAUACUGGUUGUCGAGAGAACUCCAAGUACGAGGUAGAGUAGUUCGUUAGCUUAGGUCAUACAUUUCAUUCCACUCCCAGAAGCACAAUGUCAGAUGAGAGCUCCAAAUGGGAGUUGAGGCGAAGUACUUCGACUGGAGAGUAGAGUGCUUAGAAGCUUGUCGAGUUAACCACAAUUUGUAAAUAUUCCUAAUUUCGUGUUGUAUCUACAAGCAAAUUGGCGUUCCCGUUUCCGGGAUCUGA